AUGUCGACCUACGCUUCCUCUGUUCCGAGCCACUUGGGUGCUUCCGAUCCGCCGACAUUGGCCGCGGACGACAUGGGCGAGAUCACGGCAGUAGAAGGAGAGGGGGAGGUGGAGGGGGAGGAUGCAGAAGAAGAAGAGUGCGGCUUCUGCCUCUUCAUGAAAGGCGGCGGCUGCAAAGAAACGUUCGUCGCGUGGGAGAAGUGCGUGGAGGAAGCGGAGAAACUCGGGGAGGACGUUGUCGGUAAAUGCUCUGAGGCCACCGCUCUUCUGAAGAAGUGCAUGGAAGCCCACGCCGAAUACUACGAGCCUAUCCUCCGAGCUGAGGAGGCUAUGCUCGACGCUGCUGCUUCUGAUGCUGAUGCCGCCGCCUCCGAUCAUCAGAAUACCGAAGAACACGUCGAAGGGAAGAAUUCUUGA